AUGGGAGAAAAUUUUAAAAGUUCCAACAAGAUACAUCCUGUGGUGUCAAAUAUACUUGUUGAUGAUUUGCAUAUUACAUCGAUACUAUCUAAUCAGAAUAUCACGAUUAACGUGGACCAUGAGAUUGAUAAGGAUGAAGCAUUAAUAUUAGCUUUAGGAUACAAACAAGAGUUCAAACGUGAGUUCUCUCUCUGGACAUUAUUUGCGGUCUCAUUUAGUGUCUUGGGAUUACUUCCAUCUAUCGCAGCUUGUUUUGAUUACCAACAGUUGGUGGUGGGGAUGUCGCCAGUUCCAUGGAUUUUGGCGAUUAUUUUUAUUUCAUCGGUUGCAUUAUCCAUGGCUGAAGUUGCCAGUGCGUUUCCCACUUCACUGGGAACGCCGUAUGCGGUAUCACAGCUAGCACCUCCAAGAUGGGCGCCUGUAUUAACGUGGCUAACCUGUUGCAGUAACUGGUUGUGUCAAAUCACUGCGGCACCAUCUGUUAAUAAUAGUUGUGCUUGGUUAAUUUUGGCAUUAAAGACUUAUAAUUCUAACGAUGGGUAUAGUCCAUCCUAUGGGGAGGUAUAUGGCUUAACGACUGGAAUUCAAAUAGUUCAUGGGAUUAUAUCUUCCAUGCCUACUAGAUGGUUGGCCACGUUUAAUUCUAUGGGGACAAUUACCAACAUUUUGUUCUUGGUUAUUGUAUUUGUAAUGAUUUUGGGAGGAAAUGAUCGUCAAGAUCAUUUUAACGAUAUUACAAAAUUCAAUUCAAAUGAUACCGCUUGGAAGUUCUAUAACCAGACCGACUGGCCAAUGGGUAUUGCAGUCUUACAAUCUUUCUUGGGUGUAAUUUGGGCUAUGUCGGGGUACGAUUCACCAUUCCAUUUAUCAGAAGAAUGUUCCAAUGCUAAUGUGGCCGCUCCAAGAGCCAUCAUACUUACAGCAACUUGUGGUGGUGGUAUCGGUUUCUUAUUCAUGAUAGCUAUUGCAUAUACGUUGGUUAGUAUUGACCAGAUUGCCGAAGAUCCGCAGGGUCUAGGGCAGCCUUUCGUUACUUAUUUAACUCAAAUAUUGAGCAAGAAAGCAGUCAAUGCAGCCACAGCAUUAACAAUCAUAUCUUCUUUUUUCAUGGGUUGCUCAUGUAUGUUAGCAGCGUCCAGAGUUACCUAUGCCUAUGCCAGAGAUGGAUUUUUUCCGUUAUCUAGAUAUUGGAAGAUUGUCAAUAAGAAAACACAAACACCUAUUAAUGCAGUAUGGGUUAACUUAUUUAUCGGUCAACUCUUGUUAUUACUCCAGUUUGCGGGCGAUACUGCUAUAGGCGCCAUCUUUUCCGUAGGUGGAAUUUCAGGCUUUGUUUCUUUCACCAUGCCAACUUUAUUAAAGAUCACUUAUGCUAACAAGUCUUUCAAGAGAGGCCCUUGGCAUUUGGGUAGAUGGUCAAGGCCUAUUGGUUUUGUAUCAGUGGCAUUUGUAACAGUAAUGAUUCCAAUAUUAUGUUUCCCCACAGUGAGAGGUGACGACUUGACCCUCGAUCAGAUGAACUGGACUGUAAUUGUUUAUUUCGGACCUAUGCUUUUGUCAUUGUUAUGGUUCGUUAUCGAUGCCCAUAAAUGGUAUAAAGGUCCUAGACCAAAUAUUAAUGAUGAAGAUAUUGUCUACGGUAACUCGACUAUAAUUGAUGGUUAUGACAAUGAGAAACGGAAUCAUAAUGAAGUUAUAUCUUCAAAAGAUAAUGAUUUUAUUUAA